AUGGCAAUUAGAAUUCCAGUUUCCUCGUAUCCCCACAAUAUCAUCAACACCAACAUCCGUAGUCGUAGCAGUAGCUGCUCCUCCGAUGUCAAAUCGUCUGCAAGUAGUAUUCGUAGUAAAGCGAUUACGUCCAGCCUAAAGCAGCAAAGGAAACUAAAGGAGAAAAACUUCGAUCUCGAUCUACUCCCUCACCUCUCUCCACUGCAACUGACGGAGGAGAUCGCUUCUUCCUUCGAUCUCGACGUGGUAGUUCACGAGCUCGAACGUCUCUUCAACCAGCCCGGAGCCUACCCUCCCCAUCCUUACCUCCCUGGUCCCUCCAGCCCCUCCACCUCUCCCGGCUUCUCCGGCCAUCCCGUCCGCGUCGCUUAUCAAGGCGUCCGUGGCUCAUACUGCCAAGAAGCUGCCGUCAAGGCCUUCUCCCCCGUCUGCAAUGCCUUCCCCUGCAUCCACAUGGAGGACGCCUUCCAGGCUCUGGAGGAUCGCACUGCGGAUCGCGCAAUUGUCCCCGCCGAGAACUCCAUCGAUGGCACCAUCGACCGCAACUUCGAUCUCUUGCUCCGUCACGACAACGUCGAGAUAGCUGGAGAGCUAAUCCUCCCCGUGAACCACUGCCUACUAGCCGUCCCCGGUGCUUGCAGAUCCGAUCUCAAACGGAUUGUAAGCCACCCCCAGGCGCUGAGCCACUGUAAGACCAAACUCGAAUUAAUGGCUCUAGAUGUGGACGAGGUCCCGAACGCCGCCGAAGCAGCUAGGUUCGUAUCGGAGAAUGGGAUCUCCGAUACGGCCGUGAUCGGGAGCGUGAUAGCGGCGAAGGAAUUCGGUUUGCAAGCUAUCGAGCAGAAUUUUCAGGAUCAGAUCGGAAACUUUAAUCGGUUCUUGCAGUUGGGGUUGAGACCAGUGUUGCCUGGGAGAAGAGAUAAGUCUCCGUCUGGUACCUGGAAAACGACCGUCGCGUUUUCUUUGGAGAAGGGGGUUUCGGAUCUGUUUCGAGCGCUCUGGCAUUUCGAGAGCCGGAAUAUAGCGGUUACAAGAGUGGAGCAUCGGCCCAACCAAUUGAAUCCGGUGAGGGCGGUCAAGAAGGAGACGGGAACCAUCAGAUAUUUCGAAUACAUUUUUAUCUUGGACUUGGAAGGCAAAGUGUCGGAUCCGGGUUUGAAGGAGGCCUUGAUCCAGUUGGAUGAGAUAUCGGGAUUCUGCCGUGUUUUGGGGAGUUACAGCUGCACCUGA